UCACCUGACAAGACAGCUCUUCCUGCUAAGUGAGGCGUUCCUACAAUGAACGUUCUUCGAUCGCAAUAGAGCACUUUAUGUGUUUUUUCUGUGAUUGCAUUGAAGAGAAGUUCUUUGAUACAGUUUGCUGUAGCCUAACAUUUCGUUUAUUAUCUCCAAGAUAACGAGUCUGACGUUAGGGGUUGCUAUAGCCGUCGUUUUAGCAAGUUAGCUUCUUUCACAAUGCAAACAUUUCGUUGCUUGUCAUAAGGAAGGAAUUAAACCCUCGUCGUAUUUAGUCCAACACAUGCAGACAUGGCUUCUAUUCUUGAUGAAUAUGAAGACUCUCAGAACAUUCGCCACCCGGUUCAUUCGCAUAACCGCUUGCCAGCAACCAACAUUGGGAUAACUCAUUCGGGAUUUGUGAAUGUAAGGUUGGAGGAAGAAAAGCCCAUAUUCAACAAACAACGGAUUGAUUUUUCCCCUCCUGAAAAGAUAAACCAUUUUGCAGUAUGCAACAAUCAGCUUUGCAUGAGUUUGGGAAAAGACACUAUUCUAAGAAUUGAUCUUGGAAAACCAGAUCAGCCGAACCAAGUAGAGUUGGGCCGUAAAGAUGACAGCAAAGUGCACAAACUCUUCCUCGAUCCCACAGGUUCUCAUCUGGUAAUCAGUCUUACCUCAAGUGAAUGUGUCUAUUUGAAUAGAAACACCCAGAAGAUCCGAAGCCUCUCAAGGUGGAGGGGUCAUCUCAUUGAGAGUGUGGGUUGGAACAAAGUGCUUGGAACUGAGGUGACAACAGGGCCCAUUCUUGUGGGCACCAGUCAAGGCAUCAUCUUUGAAGCUGAGAUUUCUGCCUCUGAGGGUAGCUUGUUCAACACUAACCCAGAUCAGUACUUUAGACAGGUCCACUCUCUUGAAGAGGAUGGGAAACCAGCACCUGUUUGCUGUCUUGAGGUUGAACGUGGUUUGGAGUCAAAAUACUUCAUCAUUGCCACUACCCGGAAGCGCCUAUUUCAGUUUGUGGGGAAGGUAGCAGAGGGAUCUGAGCAGCAAGGUUUCAGUUCCAUCUUUUCUCAAAACCAGGAACUACUUCCCAGUUUUCAGGAGUUUCCUGUCAACAUGGGCUACAGUGAAAUUACCUUUUAUACUUCCAAGCUCCGCACAUGUCCCAAAGCCUUUGCCUGGAUGAUGGGCAAUGGUGUGUUAUAUGGCCAGCUGGACUAUGUCAGACUUGAUUCACUCCUUAGUGAUGUCGAAGUGUGGGAGUACACAUCAGAUAUCGACUUCAAUUUCAACAAGCCCAUAUCCAUUGUGCUCACCCAGUUUCACUUCUUGCUUCUCCUUCCAGACAGAGUGAAAGCUAUUUGUACCUUAAAUGGGCAAGUGGUACAUGAGGAUGUAUUUCCGGAUAAAUUUGGCACCUUGAAAAAGAUGAUCAAAGACCCGGCAGGAGGGCUGGUGUGGAUUUAUACAGAGAAGGCUGUCUUUCGUUACCACAUACAGAGAGAGGCAAGAGAUGUCUGGCAGAUGUAUAUGAACAUGAACAGGUUUGAUUUGGCCAAAGAAUACUGCCAGGAUCGUCCAGAGUGCAUGGACAUGGUCCUUGCCAAAGAGGCAGAGCACUGCUUUCAGAAUAAACGUUAUCUGGAAAGUGCUAAAUGCUAUGCCCUAACCCAGAACUACUUUGAAGAGAUUGCACUUAAGUUUAUUGAAGCAAAGCAAGAAGAAGCCCUGAAAGAGUUCCUCAUGAAAAAGCUGAACAAUCUGAAGCCAAGUGAGAAGACUCAGAUCACUUUGCUUGUUACCUGGCUGACGGAGCUUUACCUCAAUCGACUUGGGCUUCUUGAGUCUGAUGACGGCAAGAAUGCUCUUCUCCAAAACACUCGUGAUGAGUUCAGACGCUUUCUGAGCAGCACCAAACACAAAGAAUGUUUCUACAACAACCGAGACACUAUCUAUGACCUGCUGGCUAGUCAUGGCAAUGUAGAUGACAUGGUGUAUUUCUCAGUCAUCAUGCAAGACUAUGAGAGAGUUAUUUCACACCACUGUCAACACGAUGACUACAGUGCAGCUUUGGAAGUUCUGUCAAAACACUGUGAUGAAAAGCUGUUCUACAAAUUCUCUCCUGUCUUAAUGCAGCACAUACCCAAGAAAGUGGUUGAUGCCUGGAUCCAAAUGGGAAACAGACUUGAUCCCAAGAAGCUCAUUCCAGCUCUGGUGAACUACAGUCAGAUGGGAAGCACUCAGCAGAUAAAUGAAACCAUUCGGUACAUGGAAUUCUGUGUAUAUCAGCUCGAAGUGAAGGAAGAAGCCAUCCACAAUUACUUACUGUCCUUAUAUGCAAAAUAUAAGCCUGACUCACUUUUAUGGUACCUAGAGCAGGCUGGCACACAAGCUUCGGAAAUCAACUAUGACCUGAAAUAUGCUCUACGGUUGUGUGCUGAACAUGGAUAUCUACAGGCAUGUGUCCUUGUCUACAAGAUUAUGGAGCUGUAUGAAGAAGCUGUGGAUUUAGCAUUGCAGGUGGAUGUAGACCUAGCCAAGUCCUGUGCAGACCUUCCAGAGGAUGAUGAGGAAUUGAGAAAGAAGCUGUGGCUGAAAAUCGCUCGGCAUGUUGUGCAAGAAGAGAAGGACGUAAAGAAGGCCAUGAACUGUCUAUCCAGCUGUAACCUCUUAAAGAUUGAGGACAUCUUACCGUUCUUUCCAGAUUUUGUCACUAUUGACCACUUUAAAGAGGCAAUAUGUAGUUCCUUAGAGGAGUAUAAUCAGCACAUUGAAGAGCUGAAACAGGAGAUGGAAGAGGCUACAGAGAGUGCUAAACGAAUCCGAGAAGAUAUUCUGGAAAUGAGAAACAAGUAUGGUGUGGUUGAGUCCCAAGAGAAAUGUGCAACUUGUGACUUUCCUCUUCUCAACCGCCCGUUCUACCUUUUUCUAUGUGGCCAUAUGUUUCACUAUGACUGCCUCUAUCAGGAGGUUAGUACGCACCUCUACACACAUGAGCAGACCAAGCUAGAGGAGCUACAGAAGAAGCUUGCAGGUGUUACCGUGACAACCAAGUCUCGUCAUCGGCAAAAGGAGGAUGAUUCAGUCAGUUUGGGAAUUACCCAUGUUAGCCGUGAACAGAUUAAGUCUGAUAUUGAUGAUAUCAUUGCAUCUGAGUGUGUGUACUGUGGUGAGCGGAUGAUCAAGUCUAUUGAUAAGCCUUUUAUUGAUCCAGAGAGGUUUGAGGAGGAGAAGUCAACCUGGUUAUGAGAAUGCAUUCCUCCUUCCUCUAGAUCUGACAUCAUGUAGAAAUCUUAUGGCAUGUGAUUUAUUUGUUAAUUACAGUAGAAUGCUUUUGAAUGCUGCUUCAGGGUUUUUGAGCAGCUUGUUUAUUUAGAAAUGUAUUUUUAAAUGAGUCACAUGUUUAUAAGUAAUAGUUGAUAUGCCUACUUUUACUCAAGUUAAAUGAUCUACUUUUCAGUUGUUGUAAAGCAUUUUCCAGUGGUUGUCCUUUGAGUCAUUGCAAUGCCAUUGUCAUAAGAAUUGUAUAAUAUUCAUGCACAAUACUACUAUUUGUUUGUAUGUCCCUCAUUGGCAAUAUAUUUAACAUGUGAUUUGUGAUAGGAAACCAAUGAAAAUGAUUGUUUCAGUGCACAAUAAUAGGCCUAGGCUAGCUUGUCUAUUUAUGCUGCCCAUCUCGCUAAUAUUCAUUAAAACGAUUAUUACAGUA